AGUUGUUUGGUUUGGCGUUUAAUAUUUAGAUAUUUUGGCCGAAACGAAUCUGUAAAUAUCUUAGAAAUAAUAAGAUGUUCAUGAAAUUCCCACUUUUAAAGUGAAAGCCAAAGACCUUAAGCGGUCUAUGUGAACAGUAUUUUAAAAGUAGGCCAUUUGGAGUCUAACGGAUUUGGUUACCGGGAUUCAGUGAAGUGUUCAUUUUGAAGUGUUGAAUUAAUGAUAGAAGCAGUUAGUGGACAUGGCAGAAAAUGAUGAUUAUUUAGAUACGAUUGACAACAAUCACUUAGACGGGACCAACGGAUCCCUAAACAUGACUGACAAUAGUCUUGGGGGUGGUGAUGAAGCGGCCGGUAGUGAGGUACCAGAUUUAGCGGCAAUCAAAGCCCGUGUUCGGGAAAUGGAAGAGGAAGCCGAAAAACUAAAACAGAUGCAAACUGAAGUUGACAAGCAGAUGAGUAUGGGUAGCCCACCGGGACUUACAAGUCCAUUAAACAUGUCUAUCGAGGAGAAGAUAGAGGCAGACAACAGAUCAGUGUAUGUCGGCAAUGUCGACUACGGCGCCACCGCCGAAGAGCUAGAGCAGCAUUUCCACGGAUGUGGAUCUAUUAAUAGGGUUACGAUAUUAUGUAAUAAGUUUGAUGGCCAUCCUAAGGGAUUUGCCUACAUAGAAUUUGGUGACAAAGACAGCGUACAGACAGCAAUGGCUAUGGACGAGUCGUUAUUUAGAGGGCGGCAAAUAAAGGUGAUGCCCAAGCGUACGAACAAGCCUGGCUUGUCAACGACGAACCGGCCGCCGCGCGCCAUGCGGGGCCGCGGUCGCUCGUUCCGCGGAGGCUUCUCACCGUACUACUCGGGCUACCGGCCCGUACGCCGCGGCAGGUACAAUCCAUAUUAACACUGUCUACAUCUUCAACUUCUGUGGUUUUUAUUCUGUUACAUAAUUUGCAACUGUUAUAGUGUCAUUAAAAAAUCUUGUGAACAACACAUGUCAGUGUGUUGUAGCUUUGCUGUCAUUGUAUUAAAAGUAAAAAAUGUCUUUGUAUGAGCCUUU